AUGACAGAAGCUCAGUCCCACUCCUUCCCUUCCAGAAUGACAGUAGCUCAGAGAAAAGAGGCUCAUGAAUUGAGAAAGACUCUCAAGCCACAGAUGGAAAAGAGAAGACGAGCUCGAAUAAACGAGAGCCUCAAUCACCUCAAAGCCCUCAUACUGCCACUGGCAGGCAAAGACGUUUCACGCUAUUCAAAGCUGGAGAAAGCUGAUGUUCUGGAAAUGACGGUCCGCUUCCUCGGAGAUCUGCCGUCUUCAUCCGCUAAAGGUCAAACAGACAGUUAUAAAGAAGGCUACAAAGCCUGUUUCCGGCGCAUCUCUGCGCUCCUGCCGCAGACCGGCCUCGACGGAGAAACCCGUCAGCGCGUCAUCCAGUUUAUGAGGACUCGAUGGUGUCUGCCACAUCUUCCUGCCAAAACUGCUGCGCUCACAACUCCAGAAUGA